CUCCCGGUGAAUAUAAGGGGCCGCUUGGCUUGCAAGGACCCUGAGCUACGGCGGGCGUUGAAGCCUGAGCAGCUUAAGUCUGCAGACCCAGCCCAACUCGACUGAAGUCAGCCUCACUGAACCAGAUUUGAGAAUCUUCGCCCUCUGGGCUUGCCACCGCUCUCUGAACCUAGCAUCCUCUUCAAUUCCAACUAGAAUGCUGUGGCAGGCACUUCGAAGAUUUGGUCAAAAGCUGGUGCGGAGACGAGUGCUGGAGCUGGGCAUGGGUGAGACCCGCCUUGCCAGAUGCCUGAGCACUCUCGACUUAGUGGCCCUGGGUGUGGGCAGCACAUUAGGUGCAGGUGUGUAUGUCCUGGCUGGUGAGGUGGCCAAAGAGAAAGCAGGACCAUCCAUUGUGAUCUGCUUUUUGGUGGCUGCUCUGUCCUCUGUGUUGGCUGGACUGUGUUAUGCUGAGUUUGGUGCCCGGGUCCCCGGCUCUGGUUCUGCAUAUCUCUACAGUUAUGUCACCGUAGGUGAACUCUGGGCCUUCACCACCGGCUGGAAUCUCAUUCUCUCCUACGUCAUUGGUACAGCCAGUGUGGCCCGGGCUUGGAGCUCUGCUUUUGACAACCUGAUUGGAAACCACAUCUCUCAGACUCUGAAGGGGACCAUCUUACUGAACAUGCCUCAUGUUCUUGCAGAAUAUCCAGAUUUCUUUGCCUUGGCCCUUGUGUUGCUGCUCACUGGAUUGCUGGUUUUGGGGGCGAAUGAAUCCGCCCUGGUUACCAAAGUGUUCACAGGGAUGAACCUUUUGGUUCUCGGGUUUGUCAUCAUCUCUGGCUUCAUUAAGGGAGAACUGAGAAACUGGAAGCUCACGAAAGAGGACUAUUGCUUGACUAUGAGUGAAUCCAAUGGCACUUGUAGCUUGGAUUCUAUGGGCUCUGGAGGCUUCAUGCCCUUUGGCCUGGAAGGGAUUCUCCGUGGCGCUGCUACCUGUUUCUAUGCCUUCGUUGGCUUUGACUGUAUUGCGACCACUGGGGAAGAGGCUCAGAAUCCCCAGCGCUCCAUCCCUAUGGGGAUUGUGAUCUCACUGUCCAUCUGCUUUUUGGCUUAUUUUGGUGUGUCAUCAGCACUGACGCUCAUGAUGCCUUACUACAAGCUUCAGCCUGAGAGCCCUCUGCCUGAAGCUUUCUCCUAUGUUGGCUGGGAGCCUGCCCGCUACCUGGUGGCUAUUGGCUCCCUCUGUGCACUUUCUACUAGCCUUUUGGGCUCUAUGUUCCCUAUGCCUCGGGUGAUCUAUGCGAUGGCAGAAGAUGGCCUUCUGUUCCGUGUCCUUGCUAGGGUCCACAAUGGCACACAUACACCCAUUGUGGCCACUGUGGUAUCUGGUGUUAUUGCAGCAUUCAUGGCAUUCCUCUUUGAACUCACUGAUCUCGUGGACCUCAUGUCAAUCGGGACUCUGCUCGCUUACUCCCUGGUGUCAAUUUGUGUUCUUAUCCUCAGAUAUCAGCCUGACCAAGAAAUGAAGAACGGUGAAGAGGAAGUGGAAUUGCAAGAGGAGGAGACACUCGAAGCAGAGAAGCUGACUGUCCAGGCUCUAUUUUGUCCAGUCAACUCCAUCCCCACACUCCUUUCUGGCCGAAUUGUCUAUGUUUGCUCAUCACUGCUUGCUGUACUACUAACUGUUCUUUGCCUGGUGCUGACCUGGUGGACAACUCCGCUUCAUUCUGGAGACCCAGUGUGGGUCACAGUGGUUGUGCUGAUCCUGGGGCUGAUCCUUGGAAUUUCUGGGGUCAUCUGGAGACAACCACAGAACCGCACUCCCCUUCAUUUUAAGGUGCCCGUUGUUCCUCUACUCCCACUGGUGAGCAUCUUUGUGAAUGUUUACCUGAUGAUGCAAAUGACAGCUGACACUUGGGCCCGAUUUGGCGUCUGGAUGCUGAUUGGAUUUGCUAUCUACUUCGGCUAUGGGAUCCAACACAGCGUGGAAGAAGUUAAGAAUCAUCAAACUCUACCCAAGACGAGGCCCCAAACUAUAGACCUUGAUCUCACCACUUCCUGUGUUCAUAGUAUUUGAUGUAACCAUACCCAAGUGUUGUCUUGUUCUCCUACACAAUAAUGGAGAGCACUCUUGACCCCACGGAGAGCUGGGCCUCUCAUGUGAUGUUAGUGAUGGAUAUGAAGUAGAGCUCUGUAUUUCUUGCGAAAUGAUGGCUAUGUCUUUGCUGUUACUUUGUUUUUAACUUGUCCACUUUGAAAUAGUCUCUGUAGUUGUUUCCUGGCUUUGAAAAAUGUUAUUAAAAGAAAAUUGGGAAAAAAAA